AUCCGUUGACGACUUCCCGUUCUUGUGUAACAAAUCUCAGCCAUGUACGGCGUGUCUCAUAUUAUGCGCAAUCUACUGUAGCAUCCGAUCCUUCGGCCGCUCAGCCUUAGCCAACAUGCAGCCAUCCGCGGUUAGCUUUCCGACCAGCAAACUGGGAGAACUAAGUUGUUUUCCACGAAAUGAAGAUAUGGCCGUUAGCCUCGUUGGUCAAAAAUACACUACUAGUGCUCCAAAGAAUCUUUUCUUUUUCUUUUUGGCAACCAUGAUUACCUGCACGAUUUUCUGAUGUAAAUGCUGAGACUCCUGACGGCCGCAGCUAUCGGAACGUUUCGAAGCAAAACACCAACACCACAACGGUCAGCACAAGGCUACCGGACUUGAGUCCCUUUUUUGGACUGCCAUAUCGGGAGUGGACAGCAUGCAAUGCAGACAUGGGAUAGUCCGAGGCGGAUUUACAUGGCCCCCGACCCCACGGGAUGGUGUGUAACGGGCUUGCAUAUCCCUUGUCGCCAGUAUCUCAUACAGUUAUCGUAGCUGUAUAUGCAGCCUGAGUAUCAACCCGAUUGCGGGAACCAUGAUGGAUGAUAUAUUGAGGUGGUCGUCCCAUUAACCCGAAAGUGGGGACAGAAGCCAGAACCAUUGUCCUAGUUCUCAAAUUGAGCAUAGCAACGGCGAAAAAGAAGCUUCAGACAAACUCAUCAUGUUUAUCUCCUACCUCAAGACCACUCUAGCAUUCGCUACGGGUCUCAGCCUCGUUACUGCGGGAUUUGGUCCCCUCAACAGCAACAUUGAUCUUCGAGAAGCUCGUGGUGAUAUUUCUGCAGACCCAUUGAAGCAACUUCGUCGAUCACUGUCUUCUGCCAUCGUCCGCCAAAGAGAAACCGAGCCAGUGUUCAAGGAUACUAGAUCCAUUGAUAGAAGCUGGGAUGAUGUAGAGCUAUUUAUUGUCGAGGCAGAAAUCACAAACGAAAGGGUAAAUACCACUUUCUAUGGUGGUAUCCAGAUAAUCUGCACAAAAUGCUAUAUCAAAGGCGACGUCACGUCGCAGCUGAAAGUCAAUGGAAACUACACCCAAGCAUUCAAGAACCUCACCUCCGAAAUCACGGGGGAGAUUCGGAACUUCUCUUCAGCAGUCGCCGACUAUCUUGGAGAUCUGCCGAAGCCAGCAAGUUUUGGUGACAUCGUUGAUUACGACUUCCCAUCAAUUGAUAUCGAAUUCGAUAUUGAUGUCCCUGAGAUCCCAGACACGGAAUUGCAGUUUCAAUUUGACAAGAUGGAGCUUUACAUGCAGGUGAAUACUGUCUUGGCUGCCGGCGCCACAUACACCCUCAAUCUGUACACAUCUAAGAGUGUGGCAGGGUUCAAGGUUGGGGACGAUCUUUUGGUUGGAACUGUGGUUACUAUUGACCUCAUCUUGGACGUUAAGGGUGAGAUUGAUAUUAGCAGUGGCUUCCACAUUCAAUUGAACGAUGGCAUUGAGAUCAAGAUGCCCAUCUUCGGACAAAAUGUCUCCAAGAUCAUCUACAACGGAGGGAGUUUUGAGUUCCUGCCUGUGACCAUUGAAAGCGCUGGCGUCGUUCUCACUGGAAUUCUUCGUAUUGGUCUCAAAGCAGGACUCGUUCUCUCUACACCAGAUGCAAUCGACAAGUCUCUCCUAAAUUUAUUCGAUGCUGCUGCAGGCAUUGAAGGCGGCGUGUGGCUCGACAUCGCCGAAUUCAAGACGAACAUCACAUCCUCUCCAGUAAGCGACGAUAAUGACUGCGAGCUACGAGUGAUCGAAGAGUAUACCAUGGCUCUUGGUGCAAAUGCUGGCGCGAGACUAGAGUGUGGAGAUUACGCCUGGGGCCCUGAGAUUGAAUCCCAGAUUCCAAUCUUCUACACCACACUUACCGACCCUUGCGCCAUCAAAAGAACCUCGACAACUCAACAGGCCACAACAACAGCGUCUAUGAAAGCACGUCAAGAUAUUAAGACAACGACAAAAGUUACUGAAGUUACUUACACUGCAACGCAAUGUCUUUCAACCGGAUUGAUCAACUGUCCCGCAUCGCUCCGUACGACUUCCAGAAAUAGUGUCACGAAGACUUUGACGGCUACUGUGACCUCUGGCAUCAAACCACUGUUCACAAGUGAGAAUACUAUCGUAAGUGCAAUUAAAUUCAACUCAAAUGUGAGAAAGAUGGAAGCCACGAGUGGAAGUCCCGUCUCCUACGUGCCCAAGGCAACUGCCACAAAGGCUCCAGGCGGCGGCGCCGGUGGGCCUGGAGAAAUUUUCAGCAACGGAAAGACAGGCGGAGUGAGCAACAAGGUCGUCAUUGGCGUGAGUGUCGGUGUCAGUGUUCCGGCAUUGCUUCUUGUGAUCGCAACCUCUGUACUCUUGUAUAGACGCAAACACGCAAAAGUAGUGAACGGAACAGAGCCUGUAUACCGAUACACGCCAGCUUUCCAGGGCAGUGGCUCGUUCACCCCGGAGAUAGCUAGGAAGAAGGUGGCACCGGUCAGUGUAACUGAGCACUCGCGAGAUUGGGAGCGACAGACUUAAGUCUUUUCUUCAUAACGGUCUAUGGAGGUCGGAGUACUGGAAAUUUGUGUUGUGACAUGUUAUGAUACGAAUUUAUGAUUGCUUGGAUUUCAGAAUGC